AUGUCUAAAGAAUCUUUAAACGAUAAUGCUUUUCAACCGCCAGACUUGACUUCCAGAGAACUGCUCACGUCGAUAGUCACACAUGAUGGUUUCCGUUCUCGUUCUAAAACGAGUGCAAGUCAUCUUCCAAGUCUCCCCAAUUCGCCUAGCAUUUUCUCUGGCAAGAAUUAUUUCGAACAGGAAAGCAUAGGCUCCAAACAAGAUGGGGCUAAAGAGAGCAACUUUGUUGAAUUCGACUUGAGCUCGUUCAACUCGAAAAAUAAAACUAGCGACUCGCUCCCUAGGGUGUUGGAAAAAGUAUACGCUCCUUCUAACCCUGACACACCACAGAUUGAGGAAUGCCCUGAAGAGUAUGUGGAAGAUACUCAAGUUGAAUUGGUUCCUGAAGCAAAAGUGGAUGAUUUCUUUAGUGAAUCGAACUGGAAAGAGAUGAAGACGAUUUCAGAUCUUGACUUUUACAAUGAUAAGGGUGAGCUUCAACAUAAAUCUGAAUCGGGACAUGACUUUAUUGACAAUAAUAACAUUCAUUUCGGGUACACUAAAAUAGACACAGAAGAACAAGUCAACAAAUAUGCGGCUCUAGACAAAAAGACCGACUUUUUGUUCAAGAAUACAACUCGUAAACCUCGUACUUAUGGGGAGAGAAAUGUAAUUUUUGAUGCAGAGGAUGAAGAAUUUGAUAAUAGCGAUGAGGUUGAUCCAAACGAGGCUUUGAGUGACACAAAGGACAUGCUUUCAGAUUCACAGCGAUUGGCGUACGUUGGAAUGGCGAAAUUGAUAAUGGUCGAUAUGGCCACCAAGUUAGUCAUGGUGCAAUUUGGAACGAGCAGCAAAAUAGCAAAGCAGAUGAGUGACUCACAAAAGCAUUUUUCCAACUGGUCAUCAAAUACUUCCCUUAAAUUGUAUGAUCAUUUGGGACUAAUAAAAGAGGAGAAGGAGAUGAUUGACAACUUGAGCAAGCAUGGUGUUGAAAUUAGUGAUUUGUCAAAAAGCUUAAAUUCUUUGGAAAUGAAGAAGCACAACGAUUUAGCUGAUGGGUUUGAUUUGAAAUGGGUUUUAAUUUGCGAUUUGUUCUUGCUACUUCUUAGUGAUGGUUAUUAUGAUGCUCGUUCGAGGUCGCUUUUGAUGAUUUUUGCCGAUAUAGUGGGUAUAUCUAGCUUGGAAGUGUUGCAGUUUGAGCGAAGGUUGAUGGAAUGCCUUGACAUGGAAACCAAAGAUAGGUCUAUUGAGAACAAAGAUGAAUCGCUAAGCGACCAGCUGUUUGUCAAGCGACAGAUCAAAAAAAACAAAAACAGACGGUUAGCUAUGAUUGGAUUGGCAACUUUAGGAGGAGGGCUAGCCAUUGGAUUAUCUGCAGGAUUGUUGGCACCUGUCAUUGGAGCUGGUAUCGCGGCAGGUCUAACUACGGUGGGAAUCACCGGAACGAGUGGGUUUUUGGCUGGUGUAGGAGGUAGCGUUUUGAUUACCACAAGUGGAGUUGCUAUAGGAGCCAAAGUCGGGAAUAAAGCAGGUGCAAGAAGGGUUGGUGAUGUACAAACAUUCGAGCUUAAGCCAUUACACAAUAAUAAGCGAUCAAAUCUAAUCGUCACUGUUAGUGGUUGGAUGAACGGUGCGAUGGAUGAUGUGCGGCUUCCAUUUUCAACAGUUGAUCCUGUCAUGGGUGAUAUGUUUUCCUUGCUGUGGGAGCCGGAGAUGUUGCAAUCGAUGGGACAAACGAUUGGCAUUUUGGCCAGUGAAGCAUUAAGUACCUCAAUCCAGCAGAUAUUGGGAGCCACUAUACUAAGUGCCCUAAUGUCAGCAAUUCAACUUCCAAUGGCUUUGUCAAAGCUUUCGUACUUGUUGGAUAACCCAUGGAAUGUGUCUUUAGAUCGAGCAUGGAAAGCAGGGAAAAUCUUGGCUGACACAAUAUUGUCAGGAAACUUGGGUGUCAGGCCCAUAACAUUAGUUGGAUUUUCGUUAGGUGCAAGGUUGAUUUAUUCUUGUUUGAUAGAGAUGGCCAAAAGAGGCGGCUACGGAUUGAUUGAGAAUGUUAUUCUCUUGGGGUCGCCAAUAUCAAUUGACAUUGACCAUCUUGCACAGGCUAGAUCCGUUGUGAGUGGGAGAUUCAUAAAUGGAUACUCAAAGAAAGACUGGAUCUUGGGCUAUCUCUUUAGAGCAACCGGUGGUGGAAUCCUGACAGUUGCUGGACUAUCUGCCUUGGAGUCCGUGAGUGGAAUUGAAAACAUCGAUUGUACUGAGUUUGUUGAAGGGCACAUGUCCUACAGAAAGGCAAUUCCAAAGAUUUUGAAGUCGAUAAAUUGGGAGGUGUUGAGUGAUAAUUUUGCGGAAAUAGAAGAACCGGAUCCCGAACAAGGAGAGAGGCAAAGGCAGUUAAUUAGUGAGUUUGACGAAGCAAGAGCAAAGAUGGAAGAAGAGAAAGAUAAACAGUCAGAACCAAAAGGGUGGAGGAAGUGGUUCAAGCCAAAAAGAAAGGAUUGGUGGGAUAUCUAUGGUCAACCAGGGACAGAUAAUGAUGCUAAUAAUGCAACAAAAGAGGAGGAGUAUAGUGUUGAAGAACCACCUGUUUUUGAUUUGGAGGCGUUAGCAAACGAAGUUAGCGAUAUAGAAGCCACUGCAAAGGGAAAACAGAGUAAAGGUAAAUAG